AUGUCACUGGUGUCUGGACCUGGCCGCGCUGGCGUGGGCACCGUGCCAGAGGAGCUGCACCUCUUCGUCGACAAGCACGUCGCCUACAUCCAGAGCCUCGACACUCGCAAAGACGAGCUCGAGUACUGGCUCACCGAGCAUCUGCGCCUCAACGGCCUCUACUGGGGGCUGACCGCCGCACAUCUGCUGGGGCGCCCAGACGCCCUGCCGCGCGCACAAGUCCUCGACUUUGUCUUCUCGUGCCUGCAUGAAAGCGGUGGCUUCGGCGCGGCGCCAGGCCACGAUGCCCACAUGCUCUACACUGUCAGUGGUGUGCAGAUCCUAGCCACGUUCGAUGCCUUUGGAGACCUGGACAAGCGCGUCGCGGGCGGAUGCCAGAAAAUCGGGCAGUUUAUCGCGGGCCUGCAGGACCCUGAAACUGGCACUUUCGCGGGUGACGAGUGGGGAGAGCGGGACACGCGCUUCCUGUACGGAGCACUAAACGCCCUGUCGCUGCUGGGGCUCCUUCACCUGGUGGACGUCGACAAGGCGGUCCAGCACGUGCACUCAUGUGCCAACUUCGAUGGCGGAUACGGCACGAGUCCGGGUGCUGAAUCGCACUCGGGUCAGGUGUUUACGUGUGUAGGGGCACUGACCAUUGCGGGGAGGCUCGAUCUGGUUGAUCAAGAGAAGCUCGGGGCGUGGCUCAGCGAGCGACAGCUCAAGAACGGAGGGUUGAACGGGAGACCAGAGAAGAAAGAGGACGUGUGCUACAGCUGGUGGGUGAUGAGCAGCAUGGCCAUGCUCGGCAAGCUGCACUGGAUAGACGGCGAGAAGUUGACGCGGUUUAUCCUCCAAUGCCAGGAUCCGGAACUGGGUGGCCUCGCAGAUCGACCCGGCGAUAUGGUUGACGUCUUCCACACCGUUUUUGGGAUUGCUGGGCUCAGUCUUCUCAAACACCCAGGUCUCGAGGAGGUGGAUCCAGUGUAGUAUGCAAUUGCCACUCUCUCGCCUUUCAAAAAUCGCUGACUAUUUUGCAGCUGCAUGCCGCGGUCCGUGACGCGAAGAUGCUUGGGUAAGUGAAGAUGCCUUAGAACUGAACUACGACAUGCAAACUAUACUGCCUCGUUGAGUUAUGUUUGCUAUAACGACAUAUCUGGUGAAAGGUGAAUUGGUAUAUCAGCUAGUGACGUCUGCGUGAACGUCCAUAAUAGUACACCUCUCAUCUGCUCUAUGCAAGCCUCACUUUUAGUUCAUCUCUCUUAACUCUUGUAAUUCAUUGAAUCAUAUCGUCCCU